AUCCUAUUGCUUUCCUGAACUUUGUUGUUUUAUUCCCCCGCGAAGUGGAAAAUAACAGGCCUGCGGCAGAAUCAACGCGGUCUCCCGUUUUCAAGGAGAGGGGAAGGCGCGGGUGCGACCUUUUUUCUGCGCGCAGGUUAGUCAGCGAGCCGCAGUUUCUACUCGAGGAGCAGCUCAUCCCAAAUCAAAGAGGUCGUGAUUUGGAAAAGAGCGAGAGAGAGAGAAGCACAGAAAGGUCUGUGACAGACACGGACAAAUAAAGGACUACCCAUUACCAAUCUUCAUCCAUAGAAGGAAGCCAGUAGAUCAGUAAUAAUAAAUAAUGUUAACAGAGCAUAAAACAUCCGUGUGGAUUUUCCUGUAAAAAUCCAAGAGUGAGAAUAGCUACGUGCUGCCACUUGAUCAGGCAGAGAAUGGAAGACUCUAAGCAAUCCUGAGAGGAUGUUCCCCCAUCUGAAACUCAAUACAGGUAUGCCAUAAAUUCUUUUUUAAACAGAAACAAAAACAUAGAAAGAGGAUGUUGUCAAGGCCUAAGCCUGGAGAAUCAGAAGAAGAUCUGCUGAGAUUCCAGAAUCAGUUCCUGGAGACUAAAUCUUCCCCAGCAGUUAAAGUAGUAAAGAAAGCAGAUAAAAGAAGAGGAGAUGUGGACAGAGACAGUGAUGACAGACGUCCAUUGCAGUUCAGUAGGGAUGUGGUGAUGCUGGAUGAUUUUCCAGAUCUUCCUCCACCUUUGACACCAGCUCCUCCAAAGAAAUCCAGAUUCAAAAGUGCCCAUGUCCAUUUUGAUGAAGAUCCAGGGAAGCAGUUGGAUUGUAAUGAUCAACAUAUCACAGCAGUCUUAAGCAAAAUCAUUGAACGUGAUACUAGCAGUGCCAGAGUGACAAUGCCAGUGUUCACGGGUGAUCCGUUUCCCAAAGUUUUUCAUCGAUCUGAAAUAAAAACUGAGGUGAAAGACACAGUACUGGCAAAGAAAAGCAUCUUUGCUCAGAAAAUAGCUGCCAAGAGGGCCGCUAAAGGAGAUUGGACUCCUCAUAUUGCUGUUCAGCAGUCAAAUUCAAGACAGGUCACUUCACAUACUUUGGAGGAAAAUGCAGGUGAAUGUUAUGAUGGGCUUGGAAAGCCUUAGAGCUGAACAUGUGAG